UAUAAAAAAGAAAGUGAGGUGUCUGGUGUUAUGGGUGAUGGCGGUAGCGGCAACUUCAGAAACAAUUGACGCUCAAAUUGGGCAUUUCAACUUCUAAAGAUUUUGAUUUUCUUGCACAGACCAAACCCUUCUCUCAUUUUCUGAGGAAGACGCGACAAAGAAGAGAAACAAGAAAAAGAAAAUAACAAAAAUGGGACCUUCGAAGCACGGUACGGACAAUAACAGGGGCCUCACUGGGCACGCAUACACCCUCUAUCAGCGUUUCAAUCAUGCUCUCAGCCUCGGUAACAGAUUUUGUGGUGACAAGGCAAAAAAAUGGCAGUGUAAGGAUAUCGAGAUACAAAGACAUGUGGUCCACUCAAUAGCUGCAUUUCUUGAUUAUAUUUCUGGGGAUACGCUGCAUCACCCACUUGUGAAGGCUUCAGUUUCUGACAUCGUCGGUGCAUUGGUUUGGAUUCUUCAAUCUAACAAGGGAGCCAUGUUGAGCAUGGCAGCAGAUGUGACAUUAAAAUUAGUCAGCAUUUUACCCAAAUCAGUACUGCAGAUUUAUGCAUUAGAUCUUGUUAAUCCUUUGUCAUCUUUAUUAUCUUCGCAUCAAACAGAAGUUGCUAUAUCAUGUGCUGCAGCACUGAAUCUUAGUCUUUCAAACUUCAGUACCAAGAGUGGAAAAGAAGUUUGGGAUGUUCUCGGGAAAACAGAAAUUGUACCUCAAGUUAUAAGUAACUUACGAUGCUUUCCUGGAUGUGCAAAGCCAGUAGAAUAUUUCCAACAGAUGGCUUUACUUUUGAGUACAAUACUAUGGUGGUGGCCUCCAUCUAGGUUUUCUGUUUGGAGUGAUGCUGAACUGAUGAAAGGUUUAAAUGAUAUGCUAAAGCUAGAUAAUUAUGGAAAAGCUGCAGUUUUGAAGUUGUUUUCUUCUAUAGCUUUAUGUGCUCAUGGGACCAAGAAAUUAUUAGAAAGUGGAGAGGUUCUUGAACAGAUGGUGCAAUGCAUGGACAACUCACAUCCUCAUUCUGUUCGAAUUGAAGGAUUCAAGCUAGCCCAAUGUUUAGCAAUAAAUGAAAUUACCUGCUUACAAAUGAUGACAUUAUGUUGCAAGCCUAUUAUCAAAGCCAUAAUUUCUGGAAUGAGUGAGUUGAGCUCAAAUUCUGAAAAGGUCUCCAAUGACCAGAUGUCUUUGCUAGAGGAGGCAUGUCGCUUGGCUCUGAUUACUCGUUGGACGGGGGAGCAUCACAUUCAUUUAUGGAAACAAGGGAUUGACAAAAUCCUCCUUCGUCUUCUCCUUAAUUUUCAGAACCAACCGCACAAACAUUCCAUGUCAUUGGAUGAGCAAAUAGCUGCUGCUAAGGAGGGUCUCAAUGCCAAUUAUCUUCUUAUUCUGAGGAGUUACAUUUGGGAUAUUCUUGGAUGGCUUGCAAUACAUUGUGGGGAGGAUUUCCACCCUGAAAGUGAACUCUACAUUAACAUCCUCAUUACAUGUGCAUGCUUGACCUUUGUUGAUGCAAUUCGAAAGUGGCAUAAAAUAUAUGAAAAGGAUAAUGCUGGUGUCUUCAGAAGUGAAUCAGCAACGAGGGCAGUUUUGAUGAUGAUUUAUUCUCCUUGCAAAUACAUUGCAUCAAGGACCAGAACCAUAUUGUCUGAAAUACUAGAGCCAGAUGGAUUGGAGUAUCUGAAAACCUUAGUGCAUUUUCUAAAUAAUCUCUCAUCUUGGACUGAAUUUGGAAUGCCAGAUAGACUCCAAGUUAUCAUUUAUUUAAUGGGGUUCGCAUGCUAUUCAGGUUUGCCACAGUACCAAACCUGGGUGGUCAAACGAAGAGGGGUAAAAACAUUAUUGGCUCUUAUGAGGUGGUGCUUAAGUAAUGAUUUCCAUUUAGAAAGAUCGAGCUUUGCUCCACAUUUGCAUAACGCAGUUUGUGAGAGGAUAUGCUGUUGGGUUUCUGCAGAAGACUGGGAAGGCAAAGACAUUCUUUUAUUUUACAGUUUGUGGGGACUGGCUGAGUUGAUACAGCAUUCUCUAUGUAUAGGAAAUAACCAAGACAGAAUUUCUUGUGAGAUGAGACAUAUAGAAGCUCAACUAGUUAGCGAACUUCAGGAUAUCUGUACCAACAGUUGUGCUCCUGGGCUGCAAUGGUAUGCUGCAUUUAUUCUUAGUUACUUUGGAUAUUAUGGCUUUCCAGGAAAACAUGCAAAAAGGAUUGGUCAAGCACUUAAUGAGAAGGAUGAUGCUGAUAUACAACUCAUUCUCGCAAAUGGGGAGUGUUUGAGUGUCCAUGGUGUUGUGCUUGCAAUUCAAUGUCCAUCGUUACUGCCUCCUGAAGUGCUGCUUCCUGGUGAGGUAACAUCUGAUUAUUCUUCAGGGGGAGGCUCUAUGGGGACUUGUAGAGGUUUUCAUAAAGACAUAAGAUUAUCUGCUCAUGUUGAUCACCAGGCGUUGGUGAUGUUGUUGGAGUAUAUCUAUUUGGGAUAUCUUCAAGCAGGAGAUGAACUUGCAAAAAAGUUGAGGACUCUAGCCAAACGCUGUAAUCUACAGUCUCUGUUGCAGAUGCUGUGUAGAAAACAUCCCAAGUGGGGCAUUGCUUUCCCAAGCGUAGAUCUUAAUGUAGCUCUGGGUCCAUCUGGACAUUGUUUCUCGGAUGUCAUACUAGAAGCUAAAGCAACUGAGCUCUUGGGCUGGACAUGUGGUGUUUGCUCUCUACCACGGCCACAUAUGCAUGCUCACAAAGUUGUAUUGUCAUCAAGUUGUGAUUACUUGCGGGCCUUGUUUAAGUCAGGAAUGCAGGAGAGCCAUUUAGAAACCAUAAAGGUUUCUAUUAGUUGGGAAGCAAUGGUUAAACUAGGCGACUGCUUCUAUUCCGGUAAGCUGCCAAAGCCUCCCUCUGGAUGUUUAUGGAACAUUAUGGAUACUGGAGAAAAGUUGCACGAGCUACAGCCAUAUGUAGAGCUUUUUGGGCUUUCUGAGUUCUGGCUCAUGCAAGAUGUUCAAGAAGCAUGCUCAGAUGUAAUCGUAUCAUGUCUUGGUUCUUCCAGAGAGUUGUCCAUUAAAAUACUACACGUUGCUGCCAAUUUAUCUGUGUGGAAGUUGGCCGAAGUUGCAGCAACUUAUGCCGCACCUUUAUAUCGCCAGCUAUGCAAUUCUGGCGAACUUGAAUCGCUUGAUGAGAUGCUGGUUGAAAUGGUUCGUGCAGCAUCUGUUCAACUCUCUCAACAGGGUGGUAACCAUUCUCAGUGAUUUAAUUUUCAUUCAGAUUGUUCAGAUGAUUGAAAAGAUAUGGAACUGUGAAAACGACUAGUUUUUUUUUUUAAGAUUUAUUGUGCAAUCAAAUGUCAAUUCUGUUAAUUUUCCUUGUGUUCUUUUCUGGGGAAGUUCUUGUGGAGUUAGAGUAUGACCUCAUCAUUUUUUGACGAAAAUCCUUGUAAGGAAUUGCCUGCUUGAGAUUUGCUAAUUUUUUUCUUGAGGGCAGAUUCGUUCUGUGCUUAUUAUUUUGAUAUAUAAUGCUCCGUAUGUAAGACUUAUCUGUUUUGACUCCGAAGUCCCUUAUCCAACGAUUAUCACCAUCUUUCCCUCUCCCUUGGAGGCAGCUUAGCUACUUGGGGUCAAUAAAUAAGCCUGUUCGUUAGGUGACACUGGUCAGUAAGAUCCUCUCACAUUGGCCAAAGACAUGGGAUGACCAGAAUGACGGGUUUAUGGGAUGUAGAGCUGAGCUUCCAAUAGACAAAUAAAUAAGCCAGCUCUUUCUCUACCAUUUACAAAAUUGGCUUUGGCUGGGACGAGUAUUCAGGUUUCCUGCCAAUUUGCAGUCUCCUCUCUUAAAUCUAUCCAAGAAAGGCCUCAAGAUUGUCAGGCUAGCAGAGAGGACCUAGUGCCUAAAAUUUCAGUCCUCCAUCUAGCAGAUGAGGAACAUUGCUACACACAGGGGGAGAAGUGUGAUGGUAGAGGAUGGAUAUCUCUAUAGUAGGAGAAGGAACUCCACCAUUCAGCCUUGAUUUUUUUGUGGUGAAUAUCUUAAGUUCUUUUUUUCCCUCUCCUGCAAAAGAAAUAAAUAGGCAUCAUCACUGCCCUUGAAGUGAAAUUAGUAUAUCAUGAGUGCUCUCAGAAAUCAGAUAUGUGUCCAUUAUUCUCAGCAGUACUAUCAUUGAUGAUGCCUGUGCAUAACUUACAUGGAUUCGAGUGGAACAGGAAGAAAUAAGAUCGUCACAGCUAUUCCAUUAAUGAAGUUGGGUUGUAGAAUGAGGACAAGGUAUGUUACCAACUUACCAAUUACAAUGCCCAGUUUAUAUCUUGGCUCAGAAGACCGUGCACAUGUAUACCCAAAAAAAAAAAGGAAUCGUGCACAUAUCACAAACCCAAGUACCAUAAAAUUAUCAGGGGUUGAUGGUGGAGAAAGAAGAACAGAUGUAGAAUUCAGGUGGUGAAUGAAAAACAGAUACCAAUUAAUCCUAAUGGACUGUACUGGUAAACCUUUGAGAAGAAAGUUUUCACCAUCAUGACAGAAGAAUGAAGGAAGAAAAUAUUGGAAAGAGGAUGAAAUAGGACUAAACCUGCCUCGAUCUCAUAAUAAUUUGAAAGUUUGGGUAAGAGUACAAAUUGCAGAACAGACGAACAAUCACUCAAGCUGGGAAAUCAAAUGGCAGGUCACCAAUGACAAUUUGAGCAGGUCGGGAUGCACAAAGCCAAAUCUGCUACGAACUUGACUAUCUGCAUAGUUCAAAGCCUUCUGCAUCCCCUUCCAACAAGCUUCCCAAGUGUAAGCAGGGUUGUGUUCCCCACUGCAAGGCUCACACACGGUGAAGUGCGUGACAAAGGGCCUUCUGAGUUUAUGUGAAGUACGUGACAAAGGCCUUCUGAGUUUAUCCUUCCAUUAGCCCUUGUUCUUCAGAUAUUGCUAUCUGAUCGUUCCAUAGAACAAGCUCACCUUCUAUGCGUGUCUCCUCCUCAACAUUACCACCUCUCUAUCGAUCUCCAUGUACCUUUUGGUGAUGUUGUCAAGACCAUCCACUGUUCCCAACCAGUACCCAUGGAGGCUGUACUCAUUCUGUAAAUAAGUCUUGUCUGCCCGCUUUUCUUUCUAUUCUAUUAGAAGAUAAAUUGGAGCCAAUUGAUUGUCUGACUGCGGAAAUAACUUGUCUUUGAACAUUGACUUUUGGAUUCGGUCCCAUCUUCCAUAAUCUGGGCUCUGUGGCCCCAUGCUGGUUCAUGCAUCUAUGAGGUUCAUGGACCACUGGCAGUUUCGUAUCAGGAACACCCCCACAUUGAGACAUGUCCAGCUUUGCUCUUUGUAUAUCAGAUGCCACCAGCCAUGCACAACUAGGUUAUGGUCUUUAUAUCUCUCUAGUAGGAGCUUGAACUCCAUGUCUGUGAAGAUUGCAUCUGAAUCGACCCACCAGAUCCACUCCACCUCAUGAUCCGCCAACAUGGUAGCACGUUGAAUCUGCAAGAGUCUACUUUGUUUUUGGAAAACUUUAGCUGCAAAUGAUCACCAACAGGGUUGCUACACGUGGAGGGCUGAGACCCAGUUCAAGAAGAAUCUGAUCACCUACGCCAGCAGCAAACGAAGGGUGAUGCUCCAACCAUUCUCUGCGCUUCCUAUCCCAGUCUUCAACAGGUUUCCCAAUGGAGUAGAUGAGGUCCUGAUCAUCAUAGAAUGUAGGCUCAGCCAGGUCGUAGCCCAAGUAAAGGCCUCUGACAGCUGUAUUCCCGGUGAUGACAAGAGAGCCCAAACCAAAGAUGCUACUCCUACAAAUCGAAACCCAUCAGCAAUUAAAGAAGGAGCUUUGUGCAGAACUGAGCGCCUAGAUGAUGUUUGUAGUAGAGGGAAGUCCGGUGAACCCAUUUUCAAGAAAGCUCCUUCAGGGCGUCUUUGUGAAAUAAUAGCAGUGCCUUUGUGGUAUGCUGAUAGCUUUGUGUAUGUGUGAGCUUAAACUUGUAAAUACACAUAGCAGAGAGUGUAAGCUUGAAGGUACUACUGGGUACCACUACUGUGAGGCAAGAAGCCAAUAACCUACUCAUCAGGUCCAACUGAAAAAUAUUGUACAACAUAAUCACCAGAUGUGGUACUGCAUGUGUCCUUUCGAGAUCCCGAAUUUGAAAUAGAAGUAAAUAUUCGUUUGGGACUGUUUCUCUAAGAA